UAGUGUGUGCAAGAGUCUGGAGGUACCUUGCAGACAGACCGAUCCUCGCGCUGUGGACGUUCACGACCGCCAUGGCUGCAGCCGUACUGCGCUCUCUGCUGGUUCUCGCUUUCGUGGCCUCCAGCUGCGUGGCCCGCACUCCGUUGAUGCAUCGGGGCCGACCGCGCGGUCGCUUCGGCAUGCUCGGCGAGCCCCGUAGCCAUCAGCGGCUGGCCGUUAAGGAGCCGCAGGAGCUGUGGAUCACUCAGCCCCGCUGCCAUUUCAACCCGGCCGGCACGGAAGGCACGUGGAAGCAGCGGUACUUCGUGAACGACGAGUUCUACCGUCCCGGAGGUCCCGUGUUCCUGAUGUUCGGCGGCGAGGGCGCGGCGUCGGCCAAGUGGCUCACGGCGCCCACGCACAUCAUGCUGCUCGCCAAGAAGUACGGCGCGCUCGUCUUCGAGCUCGAGCACCGCUACUACGGACUCAGCUGGCCCACACCGGACAUGACAGUGGCCAACCUGGAGUACCUGACCAGCGAGCAAGCGUUGGCCGACGGGGCGUUCUUCAGGGACGCCAUGGUGGAGAAAUACUCGCUCGGCCCCGACAGCAAGUGGGUGGUGUUCGGCGGCUCCUACUCGGGCUCGCUGGCCGCCUGGUUCAAGCUCAAGUACCCGCACCUCGCCGUCGGAGCCGUUGCGUCGAGCGCACCGCUCUACGCUGUCAUCGACUUCAAAGACUACCUUCGCGUGGUGCGGGACUCGCUCGCGACGACGGGCCCCGAGUGCAACAAGCAAAUCGAGCAGGCCGUGGACCACCUCACCUUCCUGGCGGCAUCGCCCGACAACUGGCCGGCCAUCAAGGACAUGUUCAAGCUGUGCACCUACUUCAACGGAUUCAACGCCAACAACAUGGCCAACCUGUUCCAGAGCCUGGCGGGUAACUUCGAAGGCAUUGUCCAGUACAACAAGGACGCCAGAGAGUUCGAGGGCGGAGACAACGCCGUGACCAUCGACACUUUGUGCGACACCAUGACGGACCCAAGCGACGACCGCAGCCCGCUGGAGCGCUUCGCGGCGGUCAACGAGAUCCUGCUGAACGCCACCAAGCAGGCCUGCUUAGACUACGAUUACGACACCUUCGUCGACUCGCUGCGGGAGAUCCAGUUCAACAGCACCGAGGGAGCCGGAGGCCGGCAGUGGACCUACCAGACUUGCGUCGAGUUUGGCUACUACCAGUCAUCGGACCUCAAGGACCAACCUUUCGGAUCUCUUUUCCCAGUCGAGUUCUUCGUGAAGCAGUGCAGGGACAUCUUUGGAGCGCACUUCGACGAGGCCCUUCUGAAGAGUGCUGUACGCCGCACCAACACCUUCUACGGCGGCUUCCGACCCGCCGUGCACAACGUGACCUUCCCCAACGGAUCCAUCGACCCGUGGCACGCACUCGGCAUCACCAGGGAUCUCGCAAGUGACGUGACCGCCAUAUUCAUCAAUGGAACCGCCCACUGUGCGGACAUGUACCCACCCUCGGAGCAUGACGUGCCUGAACUGACAAAAGCGCGGGAGCAGAUUGAAUACCUCGUCGGCAAAUGGGUGGGAGCUACUUCGUAGCUGGCCACCUUACAACCAGAACGGCAUCUGCAUGUUCGAGACAAGCACAACGAAAAUAAAGAUGCACAACUUUAUUCGCAAAUAA